UCGGUUAGAAGGGUGUUUCGAGGAAGUGAUGCUGAGUCUAUUGGGAUUUUGUACCUCAGCGGAAAAUAUUCACUGCCAAGCUAAGGACCUCAAAGUACAGAUAAACUUUCAUUGUAAAAACUUUCCCCGACGUCUCUUUGUAGAAUAAGUAAAAGAAGUAAAAAUGCUUUCGACCUUAUGAUAAUAAUUUGUUAUUUUAAGAACAAAAAAUAUAAAAAGAAAAACGUUUCAAAAUAAGUUUUUUAACAUAAAUUCAGCCAGGUACAAAAAUUAAGUACCUAACAGCCCUUUUAAAACGACCGUUUUUUUUGUUUUGCACUCGCGUUGCCAACCAAACUGCAUUGUCAUUCACCCCGCCACGUCGACAUGAACAACAGCCCGUAUAGAUCCGAGGUUCCAACCAACGGUGCAAGGUGGGAAAACUAACUCUAGGGUUUAUUUUAGGGAUUUCUAAGUCGGUAAUUUUUAUGGCUAAGCCUUUCCGUCGACUGGUACCACUAAACGCCAACUUUUUGCAAAAAAAUACGCACGUUCCGCGUUCCGUGAAAUCAAAAUCAAUACGAAAUCAACAAGAGCGAUCGAUUUUGAGCAGCCGUCCCGUCACCGAGCAGCGCACAUAAGCAAAGAGCGCGCCAAUUAUCGAACCCCAGCUGCCCGAGUCACAAGUCAUUGCUAUAGUGGUGUGGAAAAUUUUGCAGAAAGAAAAAUUUGCGCGUCUGUCUGUCUGCAUCCCGUGUGCGUGUGCGUCUCUCUGUGCGUUAGUGUGUGUGUGUGUAUAGCACGGCCUACAUAGUCAAUUAAACAAGGGGAAAAAAAGACGCCAAGUCCCGAUCUCCUUUGCCCUCCAAAAAGCAUAUUUAUAUAUUGCCAGCCAAAAUGUCUAGCCUGCGACCCGAAGAGCCCCGAAAACUGGCCACCGCCGCCGCCGUUUGUCCACUUAGCAAUUGCCAAUUUAGCGGAGUGGUCAUCAGCGCAAUUGCCGACGAGCAAAAGCUGGAGUUUGCCAACAAAUACAAGGGCAGUUGCACACUGCUCUGCAGCUACGAUUCCCAGGGAGUGGUGCUUCGUGUGGUGUCCGAUGAAGACCGCAGCCACGUGCUCAAGGAGUACAUGAUUGCCUCCGAUACGGAUGCCGCUCAGAUGGGCAGACGAAGCUAUGCCGUGUCCCUGGACGCGGAUAAUCUCGUUUUGCGGUUCGCCAGCGACCAGGAUCAGCAACUCUUCCGCAAAGUGGUGGAGAACGUCAAGCAUCUGAGGCCCAAGUCUGUUUUCUCUCAGCGCACCGAGGAGUCGUCCGCUUCGCAGUACUUCCAGUUUUAUGGCUACCUCAGCCAGCAGCAGAACAUGAUGCAGGACUAUGUAAGAACGAGCACCUAUCAGCGUGCCAUCCUGGGCAAUGCAGUGGAUUUCCAGGACAAGAUUGUGUUGGAUGUGGGCGCUGGAUCGGGAAUAUUGUCUUUCUUUGCCGUUCAGGCAGGAGCCGCUAAGGUGUACGCCAUUGAGGCCUCCAACAUGGCCCAGUAUGCUCAGCAGCUGGUCGAAUCGAACAAUGUGCAGCACAAGAUCUCUGUGAUACCGGGCAAGAUCGAGGAGAUCGAGCUGCCCGAGAAGGUGGACGUCAUCAUAUCGGAGCCAAUGGGCUAUAUGUUGUAUAACGAGCGAAUGUUGGAGACGUAUUUGCACGCUAGAAAGUGGCUGAAGCCACACGGCAAGAUGUACCCCACACAUGGCGACCUGCACAUCGCCCCGUUUUCGGAUGAGUCUCUGUACUCGGAACAGUACAAUAAGGCCAACUUCUGGUACCAGUCCGCCUUCCACGGCGUCGACCUGACCACGCUUCACAAGGAGGGCAUGAAGGAGUACUUCCGUCAGCCCAUUGUGGACACCUUCGACAUCCGCAUUUGCAUGGCAAAGUCUGUGAGGCACGUGUGCGAUUUUCUCAACGAUAAGGAGGACGACCUUCAUGUGAUUGACAUCCCCCUGGAGUUUCACAUCCUCCAGACGGGUAUCUGCCAUGGACUGGCCUUUUGGUUCGACGUGGAGUUCAGCGGCAGCAGCCAGAACGUGUGGCUCUCCACGUCGCCCACGGCCCCACUGACGCAUUGGUAUCAAGUGCGCUGCCUGCUGCCCAUGCCCAUCUUCAUCAAGCAGGGCCAAACGCUGACCGGUCGAGUGCUGCUGGAGGCAAACCGAAGACAGUCGUACGACGUGACCAUCGACCUGCACAUAGAGGGCACGCUUAUCUCGUCGAGCAACACCCUGGACCUUAAGAAUCCGUAUUUUCGGUACACGGGGGCGCCGGUCCAGGCUCCGCCGGGGACUAGUACUCAGAGCCCAUCUGAACAGUACUGGACGCAAGUGGACACGCAAGGAUCACGCAAUUCUUCUAGCAUGCUAAAUGGCGGGCUCAGCGUGAAUGGGAUUGGCGAUGGGAUGGACAUCACCCAUGGACUUAUGCAUCCGCACUAGGGCGGCCAUACAUCUUUCUGGGAACUCUCUUCGUUAUAAGUCCGCUCAACUUCAAUUCGAUUGGUUCUUUUUGUUUCAGCUUCUGUUUUGUUACCAGUUUAUGUUUAGUUUAUUUAUUGAAAAGUGUAAAUUAUGUUUUCUGUGCUCGAAAUUAAGUUGGGUUUAUGUUCUGCUAUCCCAUUUUACUACCUCUAAACUCUUUUAACCCCCCUUUAAAUUGAUCGGACGUAUCGGAGGAGUCCCAGCCCCCAGCAAGCAACCAACAAAAAAACAAUCAACAAAUCAAGGCAGACUAAUGUAGUUGUUUAGAACACGCAGCAUAUUAAUAAGCCUAAGCUAAUUUUAGCCCAUAGUAAUUAGUGUUUUUAACGUAUGUGAAAUGUAAUACCGAUAUUUAACCCACGCGGGACUGCGCUUCAGGAAGUUUCUUAGUUAAUAUGCCGAUUGCCAAUUGCAGUUUUUGCCGAAAGCUUUGAACAAACCAACAAAUUCAGAUUGUACUGUAUCUAUUAUGUGUGUUAUUAUAUUAUAUUGUGUGUACCUCCA